AAUCAUUGUGGAUUCAAGCUCACGUGAGGAGGUGGAUCAUCGUGGCUCAGCCGCUCAAGUGCUCAUUGUUGUCCCUUAAAACCAGCAACAGCUGUACUAGUUAUCCUCUCCACUUAUUAUCAUAAAAAUUUCGAGCUCGACGACGGAGCUGUGACAUCGCUUGCUGGUCGCCUCAACAUCUUCCAACUAACGCGCAACACGAACUCCAUGAACCUCCGUUUCACAGACUCCCCAAAUGCGCGCUCAAAAUCAAUUACGACUGCCGAUGGCAUCGACACCUUUGGUAUCUUGAAUCAGCACUCCACAGGAAACGGUGCCUACCAGGUUGGUAUAUCUGAGGACGUGGGUACACGACGAUAUAUGGAAGAUGCCCAUUCCUUCGUCGUUGACUAUGCUGGUGUGCGAGGGCAGGGAUUCUUCGCUAUUUUCGACGGUCAUGCAGGAAAACACGCAGCCGAGUGGUGUGGCGCGCAUUUUCACGAGUACCUCCUCGAUGCCCUCCGUACUUCCUCCAGUGCCACUAUCCCGGACGUUCUAAACGAGACAUUCCACAACGUUGAUAAGCGCAUUUCUCGCCUCAGCGAAGAGUCUGAUGGCAAGAUCCACUCAGGAUGCACAGUUGUAACUGCCUUCCUUCGCAUCGAGGAUGCAGAUGGGCGGCAAUCCUUCCUCCCCGUUUCUCCACUUUCUCCGCCAUCCCCUACUGACAGCGGGAGCCGAAGUGGCAGCGAGUCUCCGACCGAACCCACGGAUGAAUCUAAGGAGGCAGGCAAGAAGACAAAGAGCAAGUCCCCUGCUUCGGCUUCUCGUUUCGCUCGGGCGCUAAAAUCCCUGAGCGGCUCCUCGCCAACCUUACCCUCUCCCCCUUCUGCACUCACCGCCACACGUAGCCAGACAUCUCCACCUUCGAUGCAAACAUACACGGCCCCGAUCGAUGCGCCACUCAACUCACGGCGCGUGCUUUAUACUGCCAACGCUGGCGAUGCGCGCGGGGUACUCUGCCGUGCAGGCCGGGCAGUGCGCCUCACCUAUGACCACAAAGGCAGCGAUAAGCAGGAGGCGAAACGUAUCACUGAUGCUGGUGGAUUCGUUAUGAGUGGGCGCGUGAACGGCGUUUUGGCAGUAACGCGCAGUCUUGGAGACAGCAGUAUGAAGGAGUAUGUCGUUGGGAGCCCGUACACGACUGAAACUGAGCUAGGAAGCGAGGACGAGUUCCUGAUCCUCGCGUGUGAUGGGCUUUGGGAUAUCACAGGCGAUCAGGGGGCAAUCGACCUCGUGCGGCAUAUUUCGGAUGCGCAAGCAGCCGCAGAAACGCUCGUGAAGCAUGCCCUUGAACGACAAACCAAUGACAAUGUAACUGUCCUCGUGGUGAGGUUUAAAGCGCUCGGAUCCACAGAGUCCAUGGGACUCGCUUGAGUAUGUGAAUGUUGAUUUGCUGUUCUGCUUAGGUGGGGGGCAAGUGAGGGGUGUUAUUUUUGCCAUGGCCGAUGUCUUGCUGUUGUUUUAGUCGGUUCUUGUAAUCGCUUCAUUUUGCGCACGAGCAUUCCGUUUACCUUGACUGCACCCGUACUCUACUAAUAUCCGUUCAAUGUAGAUUUGAUGUGUAUCAGAGCUUAUCAAUAUUCGUGAAUUGCCACACAACACAACGAGAUGCAAAUCGCCUGGACAUAUGGGGUCUGCGCCAUGAAGCAUUGAAGUUUGUGUUGAAAACAAGAGAAGGAUAGCAUUAUGUGAGCACAUUAGCCCAUUAUACAACCGUACGAUAGUUCACGCGUAGCCGUACAUACUGUAAAUACCA